AUUCAGCGAAACUCCGAUAAGAGUCCAAAACUCGACGUGUUUUCGAUGGCAUUUUAUGUAUUAAAGUCUAUAGAAUCGGAUGAAUUGAUUAUAAGGACGGAAUCGGAGACUCCGUUGACAAUAGAUGUGAUUCGUGUGGGAGUGGGAGAGGUCUACGGCAGUCCUGGAGAGCAGGCCUGUGGUGUACCGGAACUGCCG